UAACUGUUUUAAGAUAGCCGUUUUAUUAAGAAUAAUUUGCUGAAAAUGUUGACUGGUGGACAACUAGUUUUUAGUACCGUUUAAUCGGUUUAAUAAAAGAUAUGUUUUAGUUUAGGUGGAAACUGAUUUUGGAAAAUAUAGGCUAUGUAUAGUUUAUAUUUAUGAAACGAUUGGUGAAGAGUGUUGAUUGUAAUAUUGGUCGUCCACGAAACGUGUACUAAAAUAAUACCCAUUAAUUAAAAUAUAGCCUAGGUACCCAUUGUGUUCAUUUACAUAUUAUAUUGUGGUUUGUGGCGUCCUCUAAAAGACAAAGGCCAAAACAUAAUACGUACGGUAUUGUAUAGGUACCUCGGUCAAGCCCUACACAGCAACCCUGGUUGUCAAAAUAUAAGGCAUUAUGAAAAAAUCAAUAAAGGGGGUGGUUUAAAAUAUUCAUUUUAUUCUACAUUUAGGUAAAUACGUCUGUAUUUAGUUUAUUGUUAACUCGUGAAUCUGUCGCACUGCGUGCGUUUGUUUAUAUUUUAACGCGAUCCCAAUAUUUUGCUUUGCACUUUUUAAAGAAUACUAUUUUAAUAUUAAGACACUGUUGUAAACAACAGUUUAAAAAAAAUUAUAAUACUUAAAAUACUUGUACUAAACGCAGUGUUCAUUUUGUUUUUGUUUUUACAACGUAGAUUUAUCCUUUUUAAUAAUUGUUUAUCUAGUUAUAUCUUGUGUUCAAUCAUCAGAAUAAUAUGGAAUUCAAAUUUAACAUUGACGAUUUAGUCCAAGAACCAAUAUUGAAAAUAGAUUAUUCUCUAACACCAGUCGGCUAUGACAAUGAUGCCAAUCUACAAAAAAGAGUGGCCAUGAUUAUUGAUGAAAUGGGCAAGGCGUCUGCGAGGGCUCAAGAUUUGAAAAUUCCCAUCACUACGGCUGGAAAAUUAACCAAAUCAGAUCAUACAAUUUAUCUAAUGACCGAACAGGACAUUGAGAAUGCAUAUGUUGUUGUUGGAAUUUUGAAGAUGGGCUGGAAAAAAUUAUAUCUUUUUGAUAAAAAGGGCACUCGUUCUGAAGCUUUGGUAUACUGUUUACUUGACUUUUAUAUUCAUGAAACCAGACAGCGUCAAGGUUAUGGCAUCAAAUUGUAUGAAUAUAUGUUAAAGGAUAACGAGUUGGAAGCAAAACAGUUAGCAAUUGAUAAACCAUCGAGAAAAAUGUUACAAUUCAUGAAUAAACAUUUUAAUCUUAAAAAGUUAGUUGAUCAGGGCAACAAUUUUGUCAUCUUUGAAGAAUUCUUUGAUAAUCCAGGAUUAACGCAAACAAAAAAUAAAUUGGACAGUACAAAUGGACACCGAAAUAAAAUUAUGAUUGGACGGCAUGCUGCUAACAAGCAUCACGACAACAUGUCAGAUAUAUUACACGGUGCAAACAGCGCAACCCACGUUAAUGACAAAUAUGUUGCAAACGCAGAUAUCGUCAACAACAAGUUCAAAGACAACACGCCUAGUUUCGUCACAGUUCUUCCGUCUGAACAGCAUACAAAUUCUAUAAUUAAUAAAGUUGUUCCGCCCAAAUUAGAUCUUAAAUUUCACCAUUCAAGUUUAUGGUAAAAUCAUUUUUGGAACAAUAAUUUUUGCAACAACGCCAUUUUUUUAUUGAGAAAUAUGAAAUAAUAUGAGCUUUAAUACUUAUCUGACCCAUAUGGAUCAUAAUAACUAUAUAAUGGUUUUUUAACUUUUGUACACUAGUGAUGUAAGUAUAAAAAAAAAUUCAACACUGAUUACUUUUCUACUUUUCCAAAUUUAAAUGAUUUAUAAAUAUUAUACAUAAAAUGUAAUCAAAUAUUUAAAAAAUAUCAAAUUGUUAUGACAUUAUAGUUAACGGUAGAUUUUGCGGCUAUGACCUAAUGACCUUAUUAUAGUGAUUAAUAAAAUGAAAAAUAAAACAUAACAUUUACAGUUAAAAAAAAAAACAAUUGUUCUUACAAGAAUACAAUUUAAUUGCUUGUAAAAUAUUUUUCCAACUUGAUAAGUAUUUUAUUAAUGAAAGUAUGUCUUCAAGAAGCGCACAGUAUUUAUACUAGUCAACCCCCCCCCCCCACAAUUAUAUUUAUAUAAUAUUACGUAUUUCUAAAUUUGUAAGUGCAAUAAAAUAUAAUUAUUGUAUCAAACGAGUUUUUAGUUGAGAUAAAUCCAGUUUUUACUUUGUAAAUUGCACUGAAAUCCAAAUUCGAUAGUAAAACUAUUAUAUUUAAUUUGCUCCUAUAAUUCAGUAUGCAUUCAUAACUAUUCGCCUCUCGACACAGUCGGCUUCCGAUUUUUGUUAUAUUUAAUCAAAUCGCUAAAUAAAUAAUUUAUUAUAUACAUUAUUUACAUUUUUGUUACCAUUUAUGUUUUGUUAUUUUGUUGUACCUUUAUUUAAAAAUUAAUUUUUUUUUUUACCAAAGUACGCAUAAUAUUACCGUAUCUGUGAUUAUUUUUCUUUUUUCAGUAGUCUAAUUUAAUUAAAAAGAAACUUGUUCUUCCCAAAAACAUUUUAUUAUGAGACUACUUAGACACAUUAGCAAUUGUAUAAAUUAAGAUCAUCUUCUCCCUCGAGAGUCUGAAGUACUUAUUUACCAUUAUACAAGUUAUGCCCAAAUAUUUUAUGUUGAUUUAUGCUUGAUGUUACCUACCUUAUUAAAAACAAUUAUGUAAAACAUAAUUUCCUUGUUUUUUUUUUUUUAACACAUGUCAAAAAUAUUGGUUACCUGCAUUAUUUUAACUAUCGCUAUAUUUAUUUAUAAUAAUUGCCUUAACUAGUCCAAAUGAUGUAUUCACACGACUUUAUGUACACGGCUUCAUUCUUACAAAAAAAUGUCCACGUACAUUUCCUAAUGUUAGUGAGUUUGGAGUCAAUCUGAAAAUGUAAUUUUCGAUGUUAAUAUUAUGCGAAAUUAAGCGGAUAGUAAAAUUAGAUUGUUUGAUUAUAAGGAUUUUAUCUAUAAAUGUAAAACUUACAAAACAUAAUUAGCGCAUCACUAAUUGCUAGAUUUAACUAUAAAAGCUUGUAAAAUUUGUAACAAUGUUUUAUUUGUAGCUUGAAUUAUUGAAUAUGAAAAUAUAAGU